CGAGUCCCACGCGUCCCGGGAGGAGCCCCCGCGUCGGUGGGAGGCAACGACCGGUAUUGGGCCUGCGCCCCAGGUUCCAGCAGCCCUCCGAGGGGUUCCCUUCUCCAUGGAGAGCAGGAAGGUGACUCUGGGACCCUGCAAGACUGGGAGAGAGGUGAGACGUACCAGAUGUCCCAUCUUUAUCAUCAUAGGAUGAACCCAUUCCCUUCACCUGCCCUGGUGGCUGCCUCAUUGGUACAGGGCCAAGGCAGCAGCCAUCCUCAGGAAGUGACUUGCCUGGCCUGGCUGCCUCCCUGUGGGGGACGGGGCAGGAACUGCAUCAAGUGGUGAUGAGUGAGCAGCACACAAAGAAAACUGAAGCAGAUGAUGGAUGUCCUUGUUCCAGUGCCGAGUGAAGAUCGGUUGGUUGGCUUUUGUGACGUUUGAGGAUGUGGCUGUGGAUUUCACGCAGAAGGAAUGGGAGCUGCUGAGCCCUGCACAGAGGACCCUGUACAGACACGUGAUGCUGGAGAACUUCAGCCACCUGGUCUCACUGGCAGGAAUUCCCUGUUCUAAACCAGACCUCAUCACUUGGCUGGAACGAGGGGAAGAGCCCUGGAGGGAAGAGAAAAGACAUCGGCCAGGCCCUUGUCCAGCAGAAGCAAAGCCAGAAAUCCAUCUGUUUCCCGUCAGCCACCCACUGGCCUUCUGCGGUCAGCACGCCCUCAUCUGGCACACAAUUCAUGACCAUUCUACUCAGGUGUCUCCAGGCAUACAUGCAACAAAUUACCCACAGGGAAAGAGUCCUGGCCUGGAGCACCAGGAACAAGAGCAGGAAGAACUCUCUCAUCAGAGUGACUGGAGUGAUAGGGCAGAAGGUCAAGAGACAGAAAACUCCCCGACCUUGUUGAGGAGGGGGAGUCAGACCUUGCGGGCAUCUGUCAGCUCAAACCCCACUAAUGCAGUAAGUCUGGAUCAAAGGAACACAGUGGUGGAAAUUGAUAGUAGCCAAGCCCAGAGGGGAAAUCCUAAAGAAACAGGCAAACUGUUAAAAGAAAGAGAAAAUUUGGGAUGGGAAGUAUUCAGAUGUGCAGAGUGUGGGCAAGGCUUUAGUCAGAAGACAAAGCUACUCGAACACAGAAAAGCACAUUAUGGACAGAAUCUUUUAACAUUCAUGGAGUGUGGACAGGACUUUAUUGAUAAGUCAGGACUAUUCUUGCACCAGAAGAUGCACCCAGGAGAGAGUCCAUAUAUGUGCAGGGAGGGUGGGCCAGACUUCAGUGAUAAGCCAAACCUUGUAACAUACAAGAAGACACACUCAGGGGAGAAGCCCUUUAUAUGCAAGGAGUGUGGGCAAGGAUUUCUCCAAAAAUCAUCUCUGGUUUCUCACCAGUGGAAACACACAGGGGAGAAGCCCUUUGUGUGCAAGGAGUGUGGGCAAGGAUUUCUCCAAAAAUCAUCUCUGGUUUCUCACCAGUGGAAACACACAGGGGAGAAGCCUUUCGUGUGCAAGGAGUGUGGAAAAGGCUUUGUCAGAAAAUCAUACCUUAUAGUCCAUCAGAGGACACACUCAGGGGAGAAGCCAUUUGUGUGCAAGAAGUGUGAGCAUGGCUUUACCACAAAAUCAUCUCUGGUUUUGCACCAAUGGACACACACAGGGGAGAAGCCUUUUGUGUGCAAGGAGUGUGGACAAGGCUAUACCCAAAAACCAAAGCUGAUCUCCCACCAGCGGAAACACUCAGGCCAGAAGCCUUUUGUGUGUAAGGACUGUGGACAAGGCUUGAUGCACAAAUCAUCUCUGGUUUCCCACCAGUGGAAACACUCAGGCCAGAAGCCUUUUGUAUGCAAGGAGUGUGGACAAGGCUUUAUCCAAAAAUCAAACCUGACCACCCACCAGUGGAAACACUCAGGCCAGAAGCCUUUUGUGUGCAAGGAGUGUGGACAAGGCUUUAUUGAAAAAUCUUACCUGAUCUCCCACCAGUGGAAACACUCAGGCCAGAAGCCUUUUGUCUGCAAGGAGUGUGGAAAAGGCUUUACCCAAAAGUCAUCCAUGAUCUACCACCAGCUGAAACACUCAGGAUAGGAGCAGUUUGUUUGAGUGAUGUAGGUAAAGUUUUAGCUUUAAAUCAAAUCUUCUGAGACUUAAGAAAGUACACUCAAGGGGUAGCCUAUUGUGUAUAUAGAGUGUAUUUAAACUUUAAUCCAAAAAUUAUCCCUAGUGUCCCACCUGUGGAAACACGGGUGAGAAUCUAUAUAGAUGCCUGUAGUGAGUGGGGGUAAUGUUCUCUCUGGCAGUCAGGCCUGAGAAACACCAGAACUCAUGCUUAAGGAAGAAGUCUUUUGUAUGCAAGGACUGUUUUUUAGUCUAUACCAAUGAGUCUGACCUCAUCAUGUGUGAGAAAAUAUGCUUAGGAGAGAAUCCUAUAGCUUUCCAGGAGAGCAAGCACUGGAGUACUGACAAGUCAUACAGCAGUAGGUGAUGACACAGUUAUGAGAGAGGCAGUUGUGUGGGGAUGUGCACGAGGCCUUAGAAGACAGUCAUCUCUCCCCUGGUCCCAAGGCACACACGGAGAAAAGAGCCUGUGUGUGAUGCAGGGUGAGAAAGAUGAGCCAUAAUCAUGCCUGUGGAUAUCAAAGCUUCCAGUCAAUGGGGAAGUACUUGUGGGCACAGUGUGGCCAAAGCUUUACUUAGAAGUCAACAGACGCACAGGAAAUCUGAUCACCAUCUGUCCCCUCCCCAUCAAAGUUCCAGAGGAACUUCAGGAGCCCCUUGACUAGGGACACAUGAGUAGCAAUUACUGCAAUUUCUUUCUUAAGGGGCUUCCUUAAGGGAAGGAUCAAGGUGCAGUGAGCUGAUGGCUGAGUGUCAGCACCUCUGGGUCAGCCUGUAGUGGGCUGCCCUUUCCAUCCAGUAACUGCUGCUUUACAAAGCUACAGCUGGUCCUGUGACCUCGCUCACAGAUGUGUCAUGGAGGCUGGGGGUAACUGCAGGACUACUGAGACUUGAACUUGGAGACUUUCCCUGAACAGGAGGAAACAUAAGUCUUUGUCUUCAUGAAUAUUUACAGCAGAUUCUGAGACAAGGUCCAGGUUUGAGAAACAGAUGCCUGGAGAGGGGAGGGAAUUACCCAGGUUACUGGGGGAAAUGUAGUCUCUCUCCUGGAGACCAGGCCUUCUGCCUGGCUGGGCAUCCUGUGUGCUGGUCUGAUCCAGUGAUGACAGCCCGGAGAUAAUGGUAGGACUGUUGUUGACACAUCCCCUGUGAGGCUACACAGCAGUCCAGACUCUUCCACCAAACGCUCCUGUUGCGCCCCCUCCCAGCCACCCUUGGCUCCUCCCCAUGUUCUCACACACUAAAUAAAAGCCUUGUCUUAUUCGGUA